UCUAAAAGUAAGAGCCAAUUACGAUUGACUGCUACUCAGCGGCUUGGUCUGCUGAACGCGCCCAUUUUCAACAAGAAAUUGGCCGUAUCGUCCACUGACAAGAGGCGGGUGCCAUUAAACAAAAAAGAAGUUGAAAUCGUACGCCGUAUUGUCCUCUGAAAAGAGGCAGGAGCUAAGAAAAUAUUAUCCCAAUUUGGAAUAGAUAACUUAAAAAGAAGAAAAAAAGAAGGAGAAGACCGCGUUUUUCAUUAUUGCAUACUGAGAUUUGUGAGUUCAGUCAAACUUGUGAGUUUGAAUCUUGAUAGAGUCAGAGUUAAAGGUUAUGGACGAGAACGAAAAUGUAGUAGAUGAGCAAAUGCAAGUAGAAGAGCAAAAUGCAGAAGAUCAGCACGAAAAUGAAAAUGUUCUUCCUAAUGGGGAACAAAAUAACGAAGACAUUGACAUUCGAACUGAUUGUGGGAGUUCACAACGAACAAAUACAGCGAGUGCAAACUUGGAUGUCUCAGAUAUAGAUUCUGAUCAGGCAUGUCCAAUAUGCAUGGAACAAUGGACCAGCUCGGGAGAACACCGCUUGUGUUGCUUACGCUGCGGACAUUUGUUUGGGCACAGUUGUAUUCUGAAAUGGCUACAGUACUCCUGCAACAGUACGAAUCGCCGUUGUCCACAAUGCAACAAGAAAGCUGCCGUGAAACAUAUUAGGAUGCUAUAUGCAAAAAAACUGACAGCAAUUGAUUCUACUGAAUACAACAAUCUGAAGAAGGAUUUGCUUAAUGUGUCAACUGAAAAGAAUCAUUUGCGGAUGGAAUUAACACAAGCCAAUAUUCGUCUAAAAAUAUACGAGGAACAAAUAACUUGCAUGAAGAAACGUAUUACCGAAUUGGAAAGUCAAAAAUCAAGAAUCAAUAUUGAUACUGGCCAGAGUGGUUCAAGUCUCUCUAUUUCAAGAAAGUUUCAUUUAGAACAAUCUGUAGAAAUCUGUAAAGAGGGCGGUUGUCGCGUCUUGGAUUACAAUCCAUGGCACAAAUUCCUGGCUGUUUCCCAGAAAUCAUCAAACACGCUAUUCAACGGGUAUGGCAUAAGGAAGAUGGAUUGCGAAUACUUUAAUUUACGGCAAUUUAUUUUCUUACACACUCAGGCUAUAAGAGACGUAACUUUUCAUUCAACGCAACAAACAAUUCUUCUUAGUGUUGGCUUUGAUAAAUGUGCAAAGCUAAUGGACAUCCAAAGUAAUAUGAUAGUGCACACAUACCAAACAGAAUAUCCACUUUGGAGUUGUUGUUGGUCAGGUGAUAAUCCAAAUAUUUUUCUAACUGGCGCGCAAAAUGGAACGAUCUCUCAGUUUGAUAUUAGACAAACUUCCUGCGCUGUUAACGUUUUGGAAGGUAAUGGUGAUAAGACACCAGUUGUAUCAAUGGCAACAGUGCCGCCAAAUCCUGGCAGUGGAAUCAGCAGAGGUGGAUUUAUAGCAUGUCGCUUAAAUUCAUGUUAUACAUACGAAGUUAAGGACACCUUUUAUCUAUCUAAACAGAUGUUUUUGGAGGGUCCUUUUAUCUCUGUGCGCUAUGAUGAAAAAAAUCAUCAUUGUCUUAUAUCAUCUCGCCCUAAUUCCAGGCAACCGCAUGCAAGACACAUAAUAUGUACUAUUGAAAAGAAUACGUCUAACGAAGAAAUAGUUACAUAUAAUGCGGUGCAUACAUUCCAGGCUGGUAAUUCUCAACACCUUUUAUCUCGACCAUGUUAUUUAUCUGCGGAAGAUGACACAUUAGUCGCAGCAUAUAUAGAAUCAAGUAGCAGUAUAUCAUUAUGGAGUAUAGCAAGCGGCCAAAAGUUAUAUCAUCUUCCAGUAUCGGAUCCUGUUAUGGAUCUAUGUUCAUUUAAUAUUAACAAUAACUUAUUCUUAACAAGUCUUUCUGCAAAAAAGCUUAGACUAUACAAUUAUGGACAAUUAACAUAAACGUAAAGUACAAACGUACAAAAUGAUACACAAUCUACCUCGCCACUUGCUGUGCUUGAUACUUGGUGCAAGACACAAUGGUAUCUUUUGAUACAAUAUUUUUAUAUGUAACAGACUGACUUAAAACAUCUUUUCUUUGUAAUAAUAUCAUAUGUAUAUAUAGAUAAAUUUUGAUUAAUGCAAGGAGAAAUAUAUAUAUAUAUAUUCAGUAAUUCAGUAAUUAUUUCUACAAACUACUAAUCAUAUUUGUAUACAAUAUGAAGUCAUAUUUGUACAUAGCAAUUUUAAUGAUGUUUUCAGCAGGAAAGACAUUUUCAAUAACUUAUCACAGUAGAUAGUCAAUUUUACAUAGAAAUAUUUUUAUAUACUACUUUCGUAUAUAUAAGCUAUAAUACAAAAAAUUUAGCAAGAGAUUUAUGUUCCGCCAUCUGAAUGAUGCCAACGGGAUAUAUAUAUAUAAUAAAUCAGUAUUAAAUGACAAUAAGGUGGAAAUUCCGUUAUUAUAAACACAUUAUUAACAAAAAAAUAUUAAUAUAAAAAUUUAUGUACUGAGUCUGUACGGGGGAAAAAAGCAAAAAAGAGAACUUUUCUAUUCUGGGAAAAAUUAGAUAUAUGAUAAGGAAAAAAUUUACGUAUCCAGAAUCCAGUCAGAACAAUGAAAACAGAACUUUAUUUUUUCAUAUUAUUAAACAUUACAGCAAUUAAAACAUCAAAGAGGAUGAUGGAAUCACAUCCAUAAACAAACCCAUAUGUAGGAUAAUACAUCAUGGGCCAGAUAUUUAAAAGAAAAAAUGAUAAUUAAA